AUGUCUGAAAGGGUGAAAGUCAUUGUUCGAUGUCGACCACUCAGUAGGAAGGAGAAUGAAGAAGGAUGCAAGCCCAUUAUAUCUAUGGAUUCCAGUUAUCAUUCAUGUUCUAUACGGAAUCCUAGUGAUGUUACUCCUCCAAAGACAUUCACUUUUGAUGGAACAUACAACUUCUCUUCAACAACAGAACAAAUAUACAAUGAAGCAGCAUUUACACUUGUACAGGAUGUGUUAAAUGGAUACAACAGCACAAUAUUUGCUUAUGGUCAGACUGGAUGUGGAAAAAGUUUCACUAUGCAAGGAUCCUACGAUAACUAUUCUGAACGUGGUGUCACACCACGGGCCAUAGAGCAUAUUUUUGAAGAAAUAGCUCUUGCUGAGAAUACAAAAUAUCUUGUUCUUGUCUCUCACUUAGAGAUUUAUAAUGAUGAAAUAAGAGAUUUGCUUGGAAGUGGCAGAAGAAAUAAGCUUGAGCUCAAAGAACAUCCAGAGCAUGGAGUAUUUGUUCAAGGUAUAUCUCUUCAUUCAGUUCAAGGUGUACAUGAUUGUGAGAAACUCAUGCAAAAAGGUAUCAACAAUAGGAUAACAGCAGAAACACAAAUGAAUUAUGAUUCUUCACGCUCACAUUCAGUCUUUACUAUACAUGUAGAAAUCGUCCCUGUUAAUACAUCAGAAGUUGAUGGAAUGCAAAUGAAAUUUCAAAACAUACGAAAGGGAAAGUUAAAUUUGGUAGACUUAGCUGGAAGUGAGCGUCAAGGUAAAGCAGGAACAACAGGUGACAGACUGAAGGAAGCUACAAAAAUAAAUCUUUCAUUGUCAGCUCUAGGAAAUGUGAUAUCAUCAUUGGUAGAUGGAAAAUCAAAGUAUAUACCAUAUCGCGAUUCAAAAUUAACAAGGUUAUUGCAAGAUUCACUAGGUGGCAACACAAAGACACUUAUGAUUGCAUGCCUUUCACCAGCUGAUAGUAACUAUGAAGAAAGUUUGAGCACACUGCGUUAUGCUAACCGAGCAAAAAAUAUCAAGAAUAAGCCCCAUAUCAAUGAAGAUGCAAAAGAUGCACUUCUGAGAGAGUAUGAACAGGAAAUACAAAGAUUGAAAAACCUUGUAGAAACAUCUUGCACUACUCGUGCUUGGUUGUCAGCAGAUGAACAAAUUGAAGAAGAGAAAGAAAAGUUGCGUGUUGAGUAUGAACAAAAGCUAAAUAAGAUGAGACAAGACUGGGAAGUUGAACAUGUCUCUAAGUGCAAGCUGGAAAUAGAGAUGCAAAAUUUAAGAAACAAUUUGGAAUCAAAGAGAUACAAUACUAAGCAGCUGACUCCAUAUUUGUUUUUAUUCCAGGAACACUUUAUUGAGUUACAUUACUUCCCUGAUGAGCACUGUCCAGAGGAAACCAGGUGGAAAAAAUUGCAAAAAAGCCUUGUAGGUGGAGAAAGAAAGCAUGACUCCUUACUGAAGGCACGGUACAUUAACAUGAGACAAACUUUGCGUAAGACUAUUUCUAGGCGUACUACAUCAGAUGAAGAAAGUAUAGAGGACUCAGAUAAUGAUCGAGAAUUGAGUUUAAGACAAAGAUUUCUGAAGGAUAAAGUGAGGCUUAACACUCUUGAAUCAGAAAACAAAGACCUUCAAAAUGAAUUUGAAAAAGAAAGAAAGAAUUAUUUAGAAAUUAUAGGAACUUUAUGUCGACAGAUGAAACUUUUCAAACAAAUAACUGAGAAAAUAGUACCAAAUCUACGCAAGGACUGUAGCUACAGUGAUCUGGAACGAGUGAAGGGCCAAGCAGUAUGGAACGAAGAGGCUGAAUGCUGGAUUCUUCCAGAAUUUGUUUAUGAACAAAUGAAACUUCCUUGCAUUGAUCGGAAGCCUGAUUUUAUGACUUCACAAGAAAUGAAGAAACCUUUAUCACCUGAUUACUGUGAAAGUCUGAGACAGAGCUCAUUUUCUUCUCGUCUUAGUUCACCAAGAAGUAGUAAUGAUGAAGAAGAUAGUAUACUGCUAAAGAAACUGCGAAGAAGUGAAGAGGAAAACAUUGCUGGGAAUUAUUUUAAAUCUAGUCGAACACUGGAGCUUCUAAAUAAGCUGAAGCAAAGAGGAUGGUCAUAUCCCAACAAAGGAAGCUCCAACUACUGA